AUGAGCUCCGAGUACACCUACGACGAGAACGGCCAGCUGUGGCCCUUCUUCGCCUUCACGAUCUCCACCAUCAUCACCCUCCCGCUCACAUACAUCCUCUUCAACCGGUCGCGCGACCCGGCCGCCCAGUUCCCGCGCAUCAAGACCGACUACAAGCCCAAGCAUGGCGACCUCGUUGACGCCCAGCGCUCCGCCGACAAGCGCAAGCACCGCAAGCUCGGCCUCACCCUCUUCGUCAUCGGCGGCUGGGCGGUCAUGGCGUACAUGCUGUAUCUGAUCCAUUACACCGAGGUGCAGACGCAGAAGAUCUGGAACCCGUAUGAUAUCUUGGGCAUCUCAGAGUCUGCAAGCGAGAAGGUUAUCAAGAAGACGUACAAGCUCCUGUCGCUCAGGCUACACCCCGACAAGGCCAAGCCAGACGCCUCUAAGAACGAGACCAUGGAGGACCUAACGGCGAGAUACGUCGAGAUCUCCAAGGCGUACCAGGCUCUAACGGACGAGGACAUCCGCAACAACUACAUCCAGUACGGCCACCCCGAUGGCAAGCAGGGCUUCAGCAUCGGCAUUGCGCUUCCCAAGAUCAUCGUGUCCGACGGCAACGGCAAAUACGUUAUCCUGGUGUACUUCCUGCUCUUUGGCGUGCUCCUCCCCUAUCUUGUCGGUUCAUGGUGGUACGAUUGGCAGCGGAGGUCCAAGGAGGGGAUCUUGAUGGAGAGCGCCAACAACCUGUUCCGCGAGUAUGACGAAAAUAUUGACGAGAGUGGCAUCAUCACCGCCCUCAGCACCGGCAAGGAAUAUGAAGAGGUUCUCAGGGGAGACAAAGCCGAGUCAGGACUUUCUAAGAUCGAGUCUAGGAUACUGGCACCCGGUGAAAACACGCCUUUCGCAGCUGGCUUGCCCAUCAAGGAGAAGGAGAAGCUCGAGGACAUCGAUAACUCGGUACGGCGAAAAGCUCUUGCUCUUCUGUGGGCGUACCUUGGCCGCAUUGAGCUCGAUGACCCCGUGCUCGAGAAGGCUAAAUUUGACAUUGGCGCCAUUGCCCAGUCCCUCACCAAGUCAUUUACUGCGAUAUCUCUGGCAUAUGGAAACACGGCUCCCAUUCUGGGCUCCUACUACGCCAACCAGCGACUCAUUCAAGCGCUGUCUCCCAAGGCGUCUCCUCUCCUCCAGCUCCCAUACUUCACACCUGCCAUUGCCAAGGCUGUGGAGGGCGACUCCAAGGUUCCCAUGACAAUACAAAAAUUCAUGGACCAGCCUGACUCCAAGCGUCGCAGCCUUGCCGUCGGCAAUGGACUCCUCACUGAGCAGCAAUACCAGACUGCCGUCUCGGUUGCCAAGCAGCUUCCUUACUUCCGCGUCGCCAAGGCCUUCUUCAAGGUCACCGGUGAAAGAUUCAUCAUUCCUUCAUCUCUUGUCAGCCUGGUGGUCAAGGGUCGUUUCGUGCCUCCGGGCAGCGAAAAGGUCCCGGAGAUCAACGAGCUGGACCUCGAGGAUGUUGACCCCGCCGAGGAUGAUCUUGAUGCCAUCCUCGGCCGAAAGCCCAAGAAGCCCACUGGCAAGGACGCGAACGGCAAGCCGAUCGUAGAGGCCGCUGACGAUACCCCUAUUCUCCCGCCCCUCGCAUUCGCACCGUACUUUGCGCGUGACCACUCCCCGCGGUGGAACGUCUUUUUGACCGACUCCAAGCAGGGCAAGAUGGCCGUGCCGCCCUUCACAUUCACCCAAUUCGACCAGCCCAUUUUCGAGGCGGACGGCAAGACACCCACGUUCAACAUGCAGACCAUGAAGGCGCAAUUUGCGGCACCGCCGCAGGCGGGCCACUACACGUUCGUCAUGCACGUGGUGUGUGAUAGCUAUGUUGGUUUCGACACGAAGAUGGAAGUGACUCUGAUUGUGGAGGAGGCAAGCAAGGCGGCAGAGAUGGCUGCCGAGGACGAGAUCAGCGAGCCAGAUGAGGACUCACUAGCCGGUAUCAUGAACGCGGCAAAGGGUGGCCCUCCCCCAUCGAAGCCGAAGAGGAGGAAGGAGGAGGAGGAGGAGGACUCUGAUGAGGAGAGCGGUACCGAGGAGGAGGCAGAUGACACGAGCGACACUAAUACCGACACCGAGGCGGAAGACUAA